AAAGAAAUGAACGUAAAAGAGAAAAGCGGAAAUGACAUAUCUGGAUCCCAAGACAACACUUAUGAAACCAUUACAGAUAUUCAACAAAGUCAAGUAUGGAUAAGGGGCAUUGGAAAAGGGAGAGGGGUUCGACAUGUGCGUGGUCGUGGAGUACCAAAGCACAAACCUACUCGUGGAGUACCAAAUCACCAACAUAGUCGUGGAGUACCAAAGCACCAACAUGACACACUAGAAGAUGUGCCAUGGAAACGUCUACUUGGAUACAGAAAAUUAGAAGAAUUGCAAGGGAAGGAAGCAAAUGCAAUAUUGUUAACUUUUGAUAAAUACAGUUCUGCACUUAAGAAAGCAUUAGACCAAACGACCUUUAAAGGAAAUAAGGAAAUGUUUUUGCUGCUGGUAAGAUGUCUCGCUAAAUGCUGCGAAUGCGAAUCUUUACCACAACAAGUUAUAGACAUUUUCACGACUGUAGAGAGAUCAGAAUUCCUGUAUCAGUUCGUCGAAUUUGUAAAAGGCUUAGAUGCGAGCCCAACCAUAAGAGUACAAAUUGAAAGUAGGUCAACUUUACGCGAUAUCUUCUUCAUUCUCACAAAGUUGAAAUCACUACUGCCAAGAUGUCGCAUUAUAAUUAAAGGAAUUUUAUCUUACAUUGACACCCACAUUAAUGUUAUAAAAUCCGAUACAACCAUUAUAGAUGAUGAUAUGUGGAGUAUGUAUGAAGAACUCAUGAACAGAGAAGACACAACACGACAAAAAAGAUCACAUCUCAAAGACCAAGGUGACGACGAAAGCGAAGAAGAACCAGAUGAUGAUUUCCGUGAUUAUCCUGUUUUUCCGACUACAGAAGAAGUGCAAUCAGAAACUCUUUCGAAGUUACGUCAUAACAAAACAUUCGGAGGUUAUGACAAUCUAGAUCAUUAUUUAGACAUUCAGUACCGUCUUUUACGCGAGGAUUUUAUUGCACCGUUACGUGAUGGUAUCAGAGAAUAUAUGGCUGCAGUGAACGACAUGAAACCAGACACGAAAUUACAUGAAUUAAGAAUUUAUCGUGACGUUCAAAUUAUAAGUCCAAUAUGUAAUAAUCAUGGUUUAUGUCGGCGUAUAAGCUUUAAUUAUCCAGGAAUGCACAGAAUACGCUGGGAACAAAGUAAACAUCUGAUUUAUGGGUCAUUGAUCUGUUUAUCUUCUGACAGUUUCAGGACAGUCUGGUUUGCAACUGUCUCAAAUAGAAAUUUGGAUAAUAUCCGCAAAGGACUAUUAGAUAUUAAAUUUGAAAAAGAUUACGAAGAAGUGUCAUCUAUACCACCAGAUACAGUCUUCGUUAUGGUAGAAACCACAGCAUAUUUCGAAGCUUACAGACAUGUACUUCUUGGUUUACAAAAUGUUCACGAAGGAGAUUUGCCAUUUGAAAAAUAUAUUGUCAAAUGUCUGCCUAAUGUUGAAAACCCUGCAUACCUACGGCGUAGCCCGGAUGCAAAAUUUGAUUUACGUCCCCUAGUAGACGAAGACAUUAUUUUGGAUGAUAGGAAACAUAAUGAACCGAACAAAGCAUAUCCUUUCAGUGUAAAAUCCGGAGAUGCUCAAUAUAUAAAUGUUGCAGAUCGAACAUCAUGGCCUCCUCCUGAACUUCUGCAUCUAGAUAUAUCUCAGCUCAGAGCGUUAGAAACGGCUCUAUCUAAAGAGCUGGCUGUAAUACAGGGACCCCCUGGAACUGGAAAAACAUAUAUCGGACACAAAAUUAUAAAAAGUCUACUUCAUAACCGGCAUAUUUGGAAUACGAAUCCAGAUACGGGAGCUGAAGAUAACCGUCCAAUCCUUGUUGUUUGUUAUACUAACCACGCCCUAGAUCAGUUUCUCGAAGGUAUAGUACAAUGCUACAGUGGUGAUGUUUUACGACUAGGCAGCAGAAGUUCAAGCGAAAUAAUGAAGCCAUUAAGCAUAAACAGUAAAAGAAUGACAAUGCGAUUAAAUAGGGAGGUACCUCUUGAAAUUCACUCUAGUAAAAUGGAAAUUAAACACAACAUGAACUCUCUGCAGGUAAAGGUCAACAAGAUUGCUGAUCGAAUUGAAAAAGCAAAAAGAGAAAUUUUACACGAGGACGCAAUUAAACAUGUAAUGGGAGACUUUUAUGAAAAACUUGUUUCUGGGUAUGAGGCAAUCUUGCGUGAUAUGUAUGGGUACGAUUUUCAAUGGGAGAAACCACAGAAAACCUCGGCUGUACUAGAAUGGCUUGGUUAUGGUGAAUUUUUAGGAUUCGAACCUAAAUUUGAAAAUGAGGCCAAAGAAAGUCAAGAAAACAAAGAUCAAGCUGCUAAUCGUGAUGUGGUCCCUGAACCAGAUAAUGGUAGAGAAAACGAAGAUGAAGAGGAAAACCGUAAUGAAAAUGAGAGAAGACCAAAUGAUUUCAUCAACGUACUUGACGAAAGGGAUGUUGAAAUAGCCCAAAGACAGAUUUCUAUGGAAGAAUCCGACGAGGAAGAGGAAUCACUUGAGGAUAAGUUAAAUAAAAUAUUGAGCAAAAAUAUAUCAUUGGUCGCCUUAGAUGUAUCCGAGUUAGAUCUUUAUUUUAGAAGACCUGAAAGAGAAGGAUGUCGCUGGCAGAAUCCCAAAAAGAAAAAUAAACAACUGAAGACUAAGAUAAGGGAGUCUUUGUCAUCCACCGAUCGCAUGACAGAUGUUGAAAUCGACGAAUAUGUUUAUGACAUGUGGGAUUUACUGCCUGAAGAAAGAUGGCGUAUGUAUAGGUACUGGUUGAAAGUCUAUUGUGACAAUCUGCAAGAAAAAAUCGGCGAUAAAGAAAUUGAAUUCGAGCGAUCAUGUAGAAAGUAUCAUGAAAUACUGAUGCAAGAGGAUAAAGCUAUUAUGAGAAAUUCAACAAUUAUUGGUAUGACCACGACUUGUGCAGCCAGAUAUCAUUCUGUAUUACAAGAAAUAGGACCAAGAAUAAUUAUUGUGGAAGAGGCAGCAGAAGUGCUCGAAGGACACGUGGUUACAACCCUCAGUAAACGAUGUGAGCAUUUGAUUUUGAUUGGUGAUCACCAACAACUAAAACCAAAACCAACGGUGUAUAAAUUGGCUCGUGAAUACAAUCUUGAUUUGUCUCUUUUUGAAAGAUUAGCAAACAAUAAACUGGAUGUACAGUGUCUUGCUCAUCAACAUAGAAUGCGUCGAAAAAUAUCAAACAUGAUGAAGAUCAUAUAUCCGAACCUGAAAGAUCAUGAGGUCGUUGAGACCUAUGACAAAAUUAGUGGAAUAUCUGAAGACGUAUAUUUUAUCGAUCAUAGGGAAACGGAAUCUCCUGAAAAGGAUCUCAGAAGCCAUUCAAAUAAACAUGAAGCGGAGUAUCUGGUUGAGCUUUGCAGAUAUCUCCUUUUACAAGGUUAUUUACCGUCACAAAUUACAGUAUUAGCAACAUAUUCAGGACAACUUUUUGAACUGAAAUAUAGAAUGCCCAAAGCAGAGUUUGAAGGAGUUCGUGUAACAGUAGUUGACAAUUACCAAGGAGAAGAAAAUGAUAUAAUUUUGCUAUCUCUUGUGCGAAGCAAUGAAGAUGGAACAAUUGGUUUUCUGAAGGAAGACAAUCGUGUUUGCGUAGCAAUGUCACGUGCCAAGAAAGGUCUGUACGUUAUUGGUAAUUUUGAAAUGCUCUCAAGAAAAAGCACUUUAUGGAGAAAAUUUGUUGAUCAUGCAAGGAAAAACAGAUUCUUUGGCAAAAAACUUCGUCUACAUUGCGAAAAUCACCCGGAUGCCGACGACUCUGUAGUUAACGCAGAAUUUCCUUCAGAUUUCAAGCGAUCGCCUGGCGGCGGAUGUAGACGUCCGUGCGAAUAUCGUCUUACAUGUGGGCACACGUGUCCAAGUGUUUGUCACAUCAAAGAUCUUGAACACAAGGACAUUCUAUGUAAAAAAUCAUGCACUAAAACGUGUAGUAGGGGGCACAGGUGUCCACUGAAAUGUAAUCAGGAUUGUGCAACAUGUGAGGUCAAUGUACCAAAGCGUAUGCCGAAAUGUGGACAUACACAGAAUGUUCCGUGUUAUCUAGAACCAGCAGACUUUAAAUGUGAGGGGAAAUGUGUUAAAAUCCUUUCGUGUGGUCAUGCAUGUCAAAAUCUCUGUGGAGAUAGCCAUACCGAUAAGUGUACCAUGCUAGUAGAGAUCCUUGGCCAGUGCAACCAUUCAACAAAAAUCCCUUGUCACUUGCUGGAUUCUAAACCAGCAUUUUGCCCAGAGCCUUGUGGGGAAAUUUUACAAUGUAAACAUAAGUGUAAGGGAUCAUGCGGUGAGUGUCACAAUGGACGUCUUCACAAAACCUGUAAGGAAGUAUGUAACAGAAUAUUGAUAUGCGAGCAUAUAUGCAAAGAAAAAUGUAAUAAUUGUCCACCUUGUAAAGAAAAGUGCAAAAAUCGAUGCAAACACAACUAUUGCGGUAAGCAAUGUGGAGAGGAGUGUAGCCCAUGCGCUGAGAACUGCGAAUGGCAAUGUGAACAUCACAGAUGUGACCAGAUUUGUAGUUCUCCUUGCGAAAGACCGAGAUGCAACCAACCGUGCAAGGAACGUAUUCCUGGAUGUCAACAUCCUUGUGUAGGAUUAUGCGGUGAACCAUGUCCAAAAGUCUGUCGCAUCUGUGAACCGGAAAAUGAAGCAUUUUUAUUUUUUUGCAGAACAAAAGAUUAUACUGAUGCAAAAUUUGUGCAGCUUGAAGACUGUGGACAUGCCAUAGAAGUAACUGGUUUGGAUAAAUGGAUGGAUGAAAUAAAAGACGAACAAAUCAAAUUGAAAGAGUGUCCAAAAUGUAAAACUCCCAUUCGACGAAAUCUCAGAUACGGAAAUAUCAUAAAAGAAACAUUGCACAAUAUUGAAGUAGUAAAACAGCGUAUUCUAGUAAGCAAAUCGGAUAUGGAAGCGACAGAAAGGAGUAUACAACAGGGUAUAUCAGAAUUAGAGAAAACAGAUGCUAGGAAAAUGAAACAAAUUCAUAAUGAACUAACAACAGGAGCCGUAGACGAGAACACACUGAAAACAAUUGUUGAACAAGUAAAGAUUUUGAAAUACGUAAAUGAAUUAACAGAGAACUUUGAAACAAAUGAAAGGCGGUCAGGUCGCUAUGAUGCAAUGUAUCAAAAAGCCUUGGAUCAGCUGAAUGCUGUACAUGAAUUUAUUUUGAUACGUCGACGAUAUUUUACACAACAAGAAGGUCUUGACAUCGAAAAUGAACUUGAUCAUCUAAAACUACUAUACCAGUUAAUGCAGUACAAAGAGAUGAAUGUGUUUCUUGAAACAUCCUUGACCAGAGAGUUAAGUGUUGAAUUAAUGCUAGCUGAACAAUAUUUAACUGACAGAAAGAGGCUAACCGUACAGAGGCGACGUGAGGUUGAGACGACUUUGACAGCUUUGAAAGAUGUUAUACCUUUAACUACGAUUGGUAUAUCAGAGGAAAAAAGGAUUCAAAUUUUUACCGUUAUGGGGUUGACGAAAGGUCAUUGGUUCAAAUGUAAAAUGGGGCAUAUUUAUGCCAUCGGCGAUUGUGGCGGAGAAACAGAAGAAUCUAGAUGUCCUGAUUGUAACUCUGGCAUAGGCGGAACAAAAUAUAAAACAAGGGAUGAUGUUACGUUAGCCCCAGGUAUGGAUGGAGCCACACAUGUUGCAUUGUCGACUCAAGUGGAUCUGGGAAAUUAUGACCCAUUUGAAGUUCGUUUUCAUUAGUUAUGGACACAAAAAUGUUUUGUGAUUUCAAAUAUACGUGAUGCAACAUAUACAUUGUACAUAUGUUUUUCUUUGCAUUUAUAGAUAAUUUGUUAUGAUACAAUAGGAUUUGUUAUUAGAUGUUUUAAGUGAUACGUAAGGGAGCUACCAUUUGAUUUUUAUGGGGGGGGGGGGGGGCUAGGAUGAAAUUUGAAAAAAAUAGGCAGGACAGGAUUUUUGAGUAAAAAAAAAGGCAGGAUGAGAUUAUUUGCAAAAAAAAAGUCAGGAUGACAAUUUAUGUAAAAAAAAAGUCAGGAUAAACUAAAAAAAAAGGCAGGACCGAAUAGAGUGAAAAAUAAAAAGGCAGGACCGAAUAGAGGGGAAAAUAAAUAGGCAAGACAAAAUUUUUCAUCCUAGCCACCCCCCAUAAAAAUCAAAUGGUAGCUCCCUAAUAUACAUUUACAAAUGAAGUUAUAAGAAGUAAUUUGAUAGAAUAUGCCAAUAACUUUUCCUUUCUGCAAACAGAUCUUUUGGGCAUACAUCUUACCCAAAUAUACGGUUUAGAAUAUCGUCAAUCUACAUUAUAUUCAAUUAAAUAUAAAAUUAAAAUAAAAUGUAUUCUUCAAAUUGCUCGGCAAGUCUCUGUUGUAAAUUGCUCUUAGUUGGAAUUUUUACGGACAGUUAAAUGUUUACAGGACAUUUUCUGAGAUAUCAUGAUAAGUUCAUUACUAAAUUCAAAGAACACAAAAUCACCAAAAAAGAAAAUCAUAAAAAUAUUUAAAUAAGGAAAGUUAUACUAACACAACAAUCAUUAUGAAAUACUCAUUAUGAAUGUAUUCUGUACAAAUAUGCAGUUAUUUUAUGUUCAAAACCAGUUAAAACUAAUAAUAUCCAAGUUGUAUGCAGAAUCUUAUAAGAAAUAUGUGAGAUCAAUCAUUUACAGUUCCUUGACCUUAGGACGACAAAAGGAAAUAUCUAGAGCUUACUGUAAGUCAUAUAAAUCAAUAAUCUGCAAAUAAAUAUUUGAUGAAAAUAUGAAAACAAGUUACUCCAGAAAUAUCAAUAAUCUGCCUGGAAUAUUAAAGGGAAUGAAGGAUAUUUUUUUUUAAUUUAAAUGGUAACUAAUUAGAUCAGGUGUUCAAACAAUAAAUCAAGUGCGUCUUGAUGUGCUUUUAUGGGCUGUCAAUGAAUUAAGUCAUUUUCCCUAGUUAUAUAAGUUAUUGUGUAUAUACAUGUAUCUAAAAUGCAUAUGAUG